ACAGCAACCUGCUGUCCUUUAAUGAAGGAAAGUCUCCAGGAGAUCCACAUUUUCUCAUCUAAUGCUCAGUCUUUGGAUUUAAAUCUUUCGGCUGCUCAAGAAUGAUCGCUUCGGUUUUCUCAAACCUCGGGCUCCUAAACAUCGUGAUCGUGGCGUUAACUGGCUUGAGCCGCAGCAAUCCAAUCAAGCCUGCCGAGACUCACCACAGGGCAUCGUCUGGCAUGGAUGUGAUCCACAGUCCUCUCCACAGCGCACACGACUUUUUGAGCCUGUUUCUGUCCACCCUGAACCUCACCAGGCUGAGGGAUGCCCAGCCUGGGAUGCCCGCCGUCCAGAGAGAGCCGCUUCCCGAGUACAUGCUGGAGCUCUACAACCGAUUUGCCAACGACCGCACGGCGGUGCCGUCAGCCAACAUUGCGCGCAGUUUCAAGAAUGAAGAUUCUUCGCCCCAAAGCUUAAGCACCACCGAUGUAUGGAUACAUCCCCUCCUGUUCAAUAUCUCCGUGCCGCAUCAGGAGCGCAUUGAAAUGGCCGAGCUACGACUCUUCAUGCUUGUGCGAAAGGCCCAGAGACCACACGCCGGCUUCAGCUGCAAGGCGACGGUCUACAAGAUCCAUGACGGCGUCGUCUGGACAGAAGAGGUGGGGAAAGAAGGGAGAGGGCGGGAUAAAGAGGAGGUGGUGCGGGUGAAGGAUUUGGAGGAACUGGUGACAAAGCACAUCCAUGCCAAAGAUAAUGGCUGGGUGUCGUUUGACCUCACUAAUGUGGUGACAGACUGGCAGAAGUCGGGGGGCACGACUCACAGACUGGAGGUUCACAUCGAAAGCCUGGGGGCGGACGAGGACGGCGCCACGCGGCAAGCGCUAGAAAGCGGUGGAAGUUUGGCCGAGGUUGAUAUUGAGAGGAGCGUGGAGGGGCAACACAAUUCGGUGGUGAUUGUGUUCUCAGAUGACCAGACCGGAGAUCACAGAGAAGAGCUGAGUCAGGUGAUCAAACAUGAGAACGGCCUCUCUGAUAACAUGGCUACAAGCCAACAACCUCUUGCCGGUCAUGCAGAUCUCAACUCUGACAACUACGGCCAGAACGAGCCGGCCCAGCAGUCUGCCUCGGAGCCGCGGUCCAACCUUAUCUACAACCCACCCCCUCGAAUCCGACGCAGCGCCAACAGCGUGUCGUGCAGGCGCACGCCCCUUUUUGUGGAUUUUAAAGACAUUGGCUGGAACUGGAUUAUCCAGCCUUUGGGCUAUGAAGCGUACAAGUGCAACGGGGUGUGCAGCACGCCCAUGACCUCGGAGGUCUCCCCCACCAAACACGCCAUAGUGCAGACUCAGCUGAGCCACAAGCGUCCCGAACGAGUGUCCGCGGCCUGCUGUGUUCCCACAAAGCUGGAGCCCAUCUCCCUUCUUUACCGCGAUGAUGGCGGAGUGCCCACAUUCAACCACAAGUACGAGGGGAUGGUGGUGGCAGAGUGUGGCUGCAGAUAACAUCGCAGAGAAAACUAGACUUUUAGUUGAAGAUCUAAAUCUAUCAGUCGAGUCUCAUGCCGCUUGUUUGUUUCCACAGAAUCCCAGAUUACAGUGGACUAAUUGUGCAUUAGGGAUGAACACGUGAUGUAAAUUUGAAGCUGUAUAAAGGCAAGUCGCUGAUUGUUACAUUAAUAUAGAACAGGAACAUUUUAAACCGGAGCAACAAAGUGUUUCACGUUAUUCUGACACAUUUCCAUUUAUAGGUUUGCAUUACGUGGUGUUUUGCAAGCACUUCAAUUUAUCUUAAUAUAUUGUAAGUGGACUGGCAUAUUAAUGCAGCGUUAAACUGCCUUGCAAAAUCGAUCACAACCCUUGAAGAUUUUUUCUCAUUUUGUCACUUUAUAAAUACAAAUUUCGGCAUCUUUUAUUGAGAUUUCAUGAGGUAGACCAACACAAAGUGGCACGUAACUGAUGUGGAAGGAAACCAAUUUAGCCAAGAACCUCCUGGUAACUCUGAACAAGCUGCAGAAAUCCAACAUUCACACUGAUCAAGAUGGCCAACUAUUAAUCGCACACUACCGAUAUUCCCAUUAAUAUUUUUCAAGAAGGAUAGGCAUAAAUGUAAGUAUCUAUAUGUGCAAACUGGUGGAGACGUCCCACAAAAUACAACUAAAAACUAAAAUAUGGUUCUGCAAAGUGUGUACUCAGGUAGCCUGGAUACAAAUUUGCACCACAAUCUGUGACUUUUAUUACAUUUUCUCCACUUCACAGUUACGCACUACUUUGUGUUGGCCUUGUGGAUAUAAUCCCAAUAAAAAGCAAUGAUCUUUGUAGUUUUAAAAUGAUAAAGUGCAAGAACAGGUACGAAUCCUUUUAAGGCAUUGCAUAGAAAAGAAAAGUGGGAAACAAGAAGGUAAAAAAAGAAAGCUUUGUUAUAUUUAAAAACAAAUUAAAGGGGUCAAAUGUUGCAACUCUUGAUUUCAUCCACUGUAAGAAAUGUAAUGAGAUGUAGAUGUCAGAGCUGUACAGAUAUAAAAGAGGCACUUUUAUUUACAAUAGCUAAUGUAAAAAGUCAAGUUUGUAAGAAAGGGAUGAGGCUAAAAAUUUGAAAAACACCGUCCUGCCAAAAUGCUUGAGAGGAUUAUGCACUCGCUGCAAAAUUGUAAUUUGCAAGUUUCCAGAGGCAUGCUGGAACCUCUUAGAUCAUUUCACGACUGUAAUAUUCUGUCUGUAAAGUUGCUUGCCAAACUUGUAAAAAUAUGUUUUUACUGGCUUUUGACCAAGGAAGGAUUUGACAAAGUCUCUUGGAGCAGAAAAUGACGUCUCCCGUCCUGUCCGAUGCGACAGUCAGCUGCUGUGAAAUCUCUCCUGUACAAACAGAUCACAUCCUGCUUUUGUUUCACACACCCAAAUGUGAAU